AGCAUGGCUUUGUCGGAUUUGUGGGUUGUAGGCAGGGUGGCGGGUAACCAAGUGUAUUUUGAAUUUGUUGUUGUUCUUAAGGGUCCAGUGUUUACAGUAUAGGUUGUAGUUGCUGGAUUUUAGUAAUCAGGAUAGUCCGCGUCUGCGUGUCACUCCCUGUGCGUCUGUCAGAAAAGGAACUCCCGAAGUAUUUUGAUCAAACUGUCAUUCGCGAUGAAUCUUACUUUAUCAAAACUAUAUUUGUUCACCGUCAUUAAUAGUGACUUUCAUAACCUUCCCAUUCGUUCGAAGACAGUCACCAUGACAACUGUAAGAUGUUGUCCUGCUUCUACCAGCGAUGGAGUGCGAAGUAAAGGCAAAGUCUAUCGAACGAUAGUUCAACGACUAAUAGUUGUCAAGAUGUGGAAGUGAAUUGUUUCCUUGCCAUGAGUCAGAAAAAGAGCCCUAACUUGUCAGCAACAAAGAGGAGUGUCGGUAGUGAUGUCUUGCCUGGGGUACCACCAGUCCUUGGCGCUGGACCCCCGAAAAUACGUCGUUUAUCGCUGUAUUCACACAGUGCCACAAAUGUCCAUGACUUGUUUGCUCCUCCCAAGGAACUCUUACGAGAACCCCAACCUAGACGUUUUAAGUCAAAACCUUGGAAACAUGCUGCUGAGAAACCGGAAUCGGUAGGGAAGUCAUACACAGAACUUCGCAAAGAGAGGGAGGAAUUUCGUCGAAAAUUAGUACAGCUUGUUUUGUGUGAAGAUGGACCUUCAGAUCAAGCAAAAGAUAUCUCAGGAUCAUCCUUAGAUUUACCAAGUCGAGAAGAAAGAGUUGUGUUGCGGUAUUAUUACUACAUUCAACAAGGAGUUGAUACUGUUCAUGUCACACAUUUGGAUUGUGCCACCCUAAAACGUAUCUCGCAUCUCCUGCCUUCUAAAUUGAAACACUGGAAAGACCUUGUUAGGGUUUUAACUCAAGAAAUAAAGGCAUGUAUUCAUCCUCUGUUUUCUCUGUAUAUGCAGCCAAGUGCCCGAUAA